AUCAAGCAAUUGGAUCUAACCUACCUCUUCGUCACGACAGACUCAUACAUGAGAAGGGCUGUUCAACGACCUCAUGCCAACAAGAACGACAUCUACUUGUCAACGAAUGGCAAGUUUAUAUAUUACGUUAAACGAGCAAAGAAGUUGUUGCUCCUACAAGGUGCCAAAGAGAUCAGUAUACAUGGACUUGGGGCAGCAAUAAUGCCUGCCAUCAAGUUGUCAUUAUACUUGCAACGACAUGUAGAUGGCCUUGUCCUUUCACCAAGCACAACAACCGAAGAGAUACUAGAUCACUAUGAUCCCAAUGUUGAAUACCUAGACUCAGUAACAAAGAUUAGACAUUGCUCUGCUAUCCACAUCAAGCUUAUCAAACGGGCCACCGCCACCUCCACGGCCACCACCUCCUCCACGACCACCACCACCACGACCGCCGCCGCCGCCUCCGCGACCACCACCUCUGCCACCACGUCCGCCACCUCUGCCUCCGCCACCGCCACCGGCGCUGGCACCUGGACCCUUGGACUUGUUGACCUUCAUCUUUCUGUCCUUCUCGUUACGCUCUCUCUGGAUAUCGAACUUGCUCUUGACCUCUGGACGCUUGGCCUUCUUGCCAACCAGUCCACCGCUGGACUCGCGCUCCUCCUUCUCCUUGGAGCCCUUCUUUCCUCUCCAUUGCAUUGGCACGUAAUCCUUCUGGUUGGGCUGCAGUCUGUGGUUCUCCUCCUCGCCUGUGCGCUGGAUUCUAGAUCUGGUCUUCUUCUUCCAGUCCUCGUAUGCGUUCUUGUUGGACUUGCUGACGUCGAUCAGCACACCGGCUUCGUUCCUCACCAAGUUCUUCUUCUU